AUCUUGAAGAAAAUAAUCAAGCCACAAAAUCAAUAGAUGUUGAACAAAAAGAUCUUGAAGAAAAUAAUCAAGCCACAAAAUCAAUAAAUGUUGAAAAAGAUUCUGAAAGUACAGAAAACACGGAAAGCGAAACGUUACAGGAUUCUGAACCAGAUCAUAACGGUUCAAACGACACUGAA